AUGACUAGGAAAAAAACAUCAAUAAUAAUCAUCGGAUCUGGUGCCUUCGGACUCAGUUCUGCCCUUCAUCUCAUACAGAGCGGUUACGAGGACAUCACUGUGUUUGACAGACUGGACCUUGCUAAGCUGGGAUACUCGUUUGAUAACGGUGCUGAUACUGCUUCUGCUGAUGUGAAUAAAGUCUUUAGAGCGUACUAUGGGGAUAAAGAUCAUUAUCAUAGAUUAGCAUUGGAAGCUAAAAAAGUGUUCUUGGAAUGGCACAAGGAUUUACAAGGGAAAAGUGAUAAAGAAGCACAACAAUUGGGUAUUAGAGUUAAAAAAAUCAUUGAGAAUUCUGGUUGGUUGAGGAUUGAUAAUAAUGAAGAGUUAUCAAAAGAUGAAUUGACAAGUUUGGAUAUAUUUGCCAAAACUGGUCUAAGAGAUACUCAAUAUGUUUUAAAUGACACAAAAGAUAUUAAAAGAGCUAAAGAUGAUGGCUGGUAUAAUAAAUUUGAUCCAUUGGGUUUGAAAUCAAACCCAAAUUUCUCAAAAUUGAAUGGUGUUUUGGACUCAACUUCUGGUAUCUUAUAUGCUUCAAAUGUUUGUUUAUAUGUUAAUGCAUUACUCAAGGCUAAAGGUGUUAAAUUCAUUGUUGGUGAUCCAGAAGGUACUGUCACAGAACUAAUUGAAUCAAAUGAUGAAAUCAAAGGUAUUAAAACUCAAGAUGGGAAACAACAUCUUUUAGAUUUGGUCAUUCUUGCAGCUGGACCUUGGUCAACUUCUUUAUUACCAGAGCUUGGUGGUCUUAGUGAAGCUCAUUCUGGUAAUGUUAUAUUGAUAAAAAUCCCAGAAAGUGAACCAGAAUUGAGAUCAAAAUAUUCUACAACUAAUUUCCCCAUUGUUGGGUGGAGACUUGGUGAAACAAAAGAAAAAUCAAAUUUUGGUGGAUUAAGUGUUUUCCCUAUAAGUGAACCUGAAGGUUAUGUUAAAGUAAUUUCACGUCAGAAGAAACUAUUAAAUCCUGUUAAUUUACAAAAUGGUUCUUUGGUUUCUAUCCCAUUAACUUCAAGAUCUUCACCUCCUGAAAAUAGAUUAUCCAAAAAUAUUAUCAAACAAGUUAAAAAUUUCAUAAGAAUCUUUGUCCCUGAUCUUAUCCAAUUUGGUAUCAGCAAAACAGAAUUAUUAUGGUAUACUGAUACUAUAAAUAAUGAUUUCAUUGUCGAUUAUGUACCUUCCAAAAAAAAUUUAUUAGUUGUUACUGGUGGUUCUGGUCAUGGAUUUAAAUUCUUACCUGUUUUAGGAAAAUUUGUUGUUGAUGUUAUUGAAGGUCGUGAAAAUGAAUAUACAAAGAUUUUCAAAUGGAGAGAUCCUAAAACAUUCCAUGAUAUAAAUUCAUUGGGUGAUUUAUAUGAAGGUAAAAGUUCAUUCUAUGAUCAAGAUCUAGCUGAUCCUAAAGAAUGGGAGUUUACAAAAGAAGAUUUGGAACAAGAGAUUGAGAUUGACUAA